AUGAGGCUCCUGCCCGCCUUCCUCGGCGCAGCCCUGCUGCUCGCCCUGGUCCACGGAGUCCGUGCGCUCCCGGCCUCCGGGGUCCACCUCCGCACCUUCGUGGGCUGCGCCGUGCGCGAGUUCACCUUCCUGGCCCGGAAACCCGGCUGCCGGAGCCUGCGGGUCACCACCGACGCCUGCUGGGGACGCUGCGAGACGUGGGAGAUGCCCAUUCUGGACCCACCGUACAUCGAGGCCCACCACCGUGUCUGCACUUACAACGAGACCAAGCAGGCGACGGUGAAGCUGCCCGGCUGUGCCCCCGGCGUCGACCCCUUCUACACCUACCCCGUGGCCGUCCGCUGCGACUGUGGACCCUGCUCCACCGCCACCACUGAAUGUGAGACCCCUUGA